CGCGGAACCACGCCCUCUGCCGGCUGAGCGGGGAAAAGCAGCUGCAGCGUCUCCUCCCCCACAGCUGGAUAACAGCACCAUAAAGGCUGGAAAAGACGCUCACGCACCCCCCGGCGCAUCUCAGCAUGCCUCUCGCUCAGUGUACCAGCAACAGCACCCAGUAACGCAGCGUCAAAGCGAAGCGGAGCGGCACAUACCUUCACAGAACAAUGAAUGCGGGCUGAUUUCAGAGAGCCUGACUGUAUUACAAAGGAAUGGCAUCAAGACAGUAGGAAAUCAGCUGAGGCCUCCUGCUGAGCUCUCUCCUGUUGGGAACAGAGGGCUCCUGGGAAAUGAAGGCCAGUAUGAAGCAGUGGCGUCUGGCACUGGGGCUCAUGCUCACCUGGGCGCUGCUCUUCCUGGCCCUCUUCUCCUACUUCAUGGAGUCACGUGUGGAUGAGGCCAUGGCACUCUCGCACGCCGAUACACGCCGCCUCACCUCUGUGCAGGGCAUCACCCGCAGGGCUGUGAUGAUCUCUCGCCAGAUUUUGCCUGCCACCUCAGCGUCCACAACCUCCAGAACUCAAAAGGAGCAGACACCCAACAGCGAGCAGGAGACCUACAUUUACUCAGAUGCCCAAAGCUUUGCAGUGUCCCACAUCCAGGAAAGACAAGAAGGCAACCAAACCUUCCCUCAACUAGUGGAAGAGGAGGAUGAGGAAGAGGUGGUGGGAAUGACUGAUGAGGAGGACAAGAGCAGAAUGAAUCAAAAAGAAACCAACAAUUGGUUUGACUCCAAUACAGAGGAGUUUUACUCCUCUAAGUCAAAGUCAGUGGUGCAGCGUUUAUGGCAUGGCAGUGCCUCACUGGACAUGCUCAGUCCACGCUUGCAGAAGGCUGUAAAAGACUACAUGAGCACUAAUAAACAUGGGGUGUCCUACAAGGGGCAGCGGAGGAAAUGGAUCAGUAGGACACGCCUUCUGUGUGAGAUGAAGAGGAAGGCCAAAGUGAAGACACUGGCUGGAGAAGAGCGACCCUUCUCUUCACUGGGCUGGCAGAAGAUCGUACCUGCUUUGCCCCUUGAGCGCCUCUAUGGCAAAGGGUUCGGCUCCUGUGCUGUAGUCACCUCAGCUGGUGCCAUCCUCCACUCUGGCCUGGGAAAGGAGAUUGAUUCUCAUGAUGCUGUUCUGAGGUUUAAUUCAGCCCCUACUAAAGGUUAUGAAAGAGACGUUGGGAAUAAGACUACCAUUCGCAUAAUCAACUCCCAGAUCCUGGCUAACCCCAGGCACCAAUUCAACAGCAGCUCACUGUAUAAGAAUGUGACCCUGGUGGCCUGGGACCCUGCGCCAUACACUGUCAACCUGCAUAAAUGGUAUAAGAACCCAGACUACAACCUGUUCACUCCAUACAUGAAGUACAGGAAGUACUUUCCUGCUCAGCCUUUCUACAUCCUGCACCCCAAGUUUAUCUGGCAACUAUGGGACAUGAUCCAGGCCAACACACUGGAGAACAUUCAACCCAAUCCACCUUCAUCAGGGUUCAUUGGCAUCUUACUGAUGAUGUGGUUAUGCGAAGAGGUUGACGUCUACGAGUACAUUCCAUCUCUAAGACAGACUGACUUGUGCCAUUACCACGAGCGCUACUAUGAUGCUGCAUGUACGCUGGGAGCCUAUCACCCUCUGCUCUAUGAGAAGAUACUCAUCCAGCGCAUCAAGUCCGGAUCUGAAAGCGACCUUCGGAGGAAAGGCAAGGUCACACUUCCUGGCUUUAGGACCAUCCACUGUGACCCCUGAACUCUGAUCCCUGGAGGAAAGGUUGCAAUAAUUGGAAAGCAGAUUUGAGGUUCACCUGCAGGCAGUCCACAGAGACUGAUUCUGCUCUUUUGGGCAGUUUUUAGUUGCUUUCUCUGAGCCUUGUGAUGUAGAGGUCAUUGGGUAGCAAUAGGUUUGUCAUAGAAAAGCUGUUUUUAAGUAUCUGGUGAUUUUGCUGUAGCUAGCCAUCAUGUGACGAGACCGAUAGUGUUUGUGUGCCUGUGAUGGAAUUGAAUAGUCAUUAACAGUUAAUGUCACCAUUAUAGACAGACACACACACACACACACUCACACAUGUAAAAUAUUAAUUAAUGCUCUUACUAAAAAAGGAGUCAUUUUUUUUAUUGAUGUAAUUAAAUACACUGUUUUACCAGUGAUGGUACCUGACUUGGAGUAGUAUUUGGAGUGGAUGUUACUUUCUGUUGUAUUACAGUUUUCUCAGCUGUUCACAAAUGAAAAAUGUGGUGCAUGUCUGAGAGUACUGCCUGGUCUGUGCCAUAUAUUGUCUAUAUUGUAAAUGACAUACCUUUUCUCUCUUGUACGUUCAUUUGCCAUACAAUGAUUGGGGAAUGAUCAAAAUUCACAUGAAAGCACAGAAUGCCAUUCCAUAUUACACGUCAUACAGCUGAGAAAACAAAACUUCCAAACAAAACAUUCUGUACUCUGUGGGGACCGUUUGGGUUCAAAAACAUCUGAAGCUGUUGUUGAUCCAUUCCCUACUCAAACAAAACCACACUCAUCUAAUUUUUUUAUUUUUUAUUUUAUUUAUUUUUUUUAUUUUUUUGCCCUUUGGCAGUAUAACCAAUGAGUGGCGGUGGUAUUUAUCGUAUAGUGUUGAAACCAGCACAGUCUGGUAGUUUUCUGUAUCUUGUCCAGGAUGUAACAGGUCUUCGUACACUCCUGACGGAGAAGUCAAAAGCGAAUGAAAAAUUUCCUUGCAUUGUAUUUUGAAAUUUUUUUUAUUUGAACUGAUUUUUACCUUCACAUUGUGUUUUAUCUAUGUAAAUAGAGCUUUUUAUACUAGUAGAAGUACAAGGUGUUACCUUUGACAUAUACACAUUUGUUUUCCUUACGUGCCAUUUAUGUGUAAAGGAAAUGACAAACUAAAAUCUGUAUGGACUAAAGGAGGAGAACUGAAGUUCUGUGUACCUGUAAAUGAUGAUGGCAAAACUGGGAACUACUGUUUGCUCUCAGGUCUGUGUCAGACUCUGAAACGUACUGUCUCUUUCCAUCUGUUGGUUAAAUAUUUCAUUUAGGAACAUCUAUAGGUAGUGUAAUAUUCAUUUGUGAUAACUACCUACCCGCCCCAUGUUGGGGUAAUGUAAAAUGUAAUGGGUUUUCCUUCUUGUCAGCAUAAUUUAAUCUGUAAUACUGCAACAAAUCUUUUGCUUUGCAGUUAGGGUCAUCCUGUCAAUGUGUGUGUGGUUUUUUUUUUUUGUUUGUUUGUUUUUUUUUGUUUUUUUGUUUUUUUUUGUUGAAUGAGAUAAUGUUAGUCUGAAUUCUGUUUUUUGCUCUUUCCCUGCUCUAGCUCUAAAGAUGAAUCAUAUAUAACUCUGUCACAUACCAUCCUGUGCUUCCCCAUUAGAGAGGCAUAUUAAUGGUGAUGAGAUGAGAGGAAACUGCAGCAGAGCCCAUAGAAGGCUUUUUUUUCAGUCUUACUGCAGGGAAUGUAUACAGGAGUGCACUACUGAACACUAACUGAAUGUCUAAUAAGCCUUUAAUCACGGCAUUAGCACCAUCAGCCACAAAAGGGUCACACACUGCUCCCUGUAUUUUCUGUGCAUUCAGAGCAACACAACAUGAGUUGACUUUUGGGAAAUUUGUUUUAAAAUUUGCCACUCUAACCUGUGCUUCCCUAAAUAUUUGUAGUCCAUUACACAUAAAUCUGAUCAAAAUACAGAAAAGAUCAGUUUGCGUUAAUCUUUUGUGGAGACCGUUUUUGGUGUGACUGACUACUUUUACUUUUCACAAUAAAGUCCUAGCUAUAUAAUUUUACACUGCAAAGUGGACAACGCAUGCUAAGUAGCAGGGCUUGUAAAGAUAUUUAUUUGUUAGUGUAACAAUAAUUAAGCUGAAAAAAGCAAGGUUAAGUCUAACUUCUUACUUUACAUUUGUUGAGGUUGUUGUAGGUAACAGGAAUCGAGUAAGUCAUAUUGGGAAACUUGGUGAGAUGAUGACUGCACUGUUUUGGGAAUUGGCAAUACUGUGCCAAAUAAGUGUUCAGUGUUUUCCUGAUCAGGUUGUAAGGGCCUCUGUGUGUUUGGGGCUGUGAACUUUGGUGCUGUGAAUCUGUACUAUGGACUGGAACUGUGGUGCUGUGAAUCUGUGCUAGAUUUCUUUCUUGCUAGCUCACUCUCUUUAUCUGAUGGUCUAUCAUGUCCAUAAAUUGUUUGACAGCAGCAAUUUUUGGUUUUCUUGUUGGCCAGAGCACUGAAUUUGCAGUGAAAACAUGGGUGCAGAAAUACUCAGUGUCAGGGUCCAUAAGUGAUAGUAAAAAAAUCUUAAAGUUGUAAAGUUAUGACUUGGUUGUAAAUUGUUUGAAAUGAAUGAUGGAUAUCCUAAAUGGAUGCUGAUAUCCUAAAGCAAUCACUUUCAUUCUGCGUUUGUUAUUCAGUCUUCAGAAAGUGAACUCGCAUGCUCAGUGUUGUUUAGCUGGGCUGAUUUCAACAACAGCUCUAGAUGCGAACACUACAUUAAUUCGACAGCUGUCUGUUGGAUGCAACACCCUCAAAAUAACAUUGACUUGCUUGUUGUUUCCACUUCAAAUCCAAUGUGAAGGCUAAUCUUGCCAAAACAACACUAAUUAUCACUGUUCAGCUAUUUAUGGACUAUCUCUCUCUCUCUCUCUCUCUCUCUCUCUCUCUCUCUCCAUCUUGCCACCACACAGCCUUUUAAAAUAUGAUCUGAUGUGGUACAUUUGAGGUAUGAUCUAAGGAGUGUACAUAGUUAAGUCAGUUAACCUUCAAAAGCCAUUGGAUGCUUUUGAUGUCAUUUCUUUGUUCAUUUGUUAAUACAAAUGUGAUUAUUUUAAUUGAAUUUGCGUGUUUAUCAUUUUCUAACAUGACAAUAAACAUGCAUAAGCAAUG